UCGUUUCAAGCUGUAUCUCUGGGUCGGAGAAAGUAAGGCGAGACGGGGAAGAAGAUUAUAUUAUAAAAAAAACAACAGUCAAUCAAAACAACAGAACUUGUCGUCUCAACCUAUCUUCGGCACUUGUAUCUCUAUGGAUGCCAAAAGAUUUGACACAAUCUGUUUGAGGGAUUCAAUCAGCUGGCUCCCUGACGAGGUUCUGGGAAGCAUCUUGUCCUUGCUUCCGACAAAACAGGCUGCUUCAACAGCUCUUCUCUCGAAAAAGUGGAGGUAUGUGUUUAGACUGGUGGAUAACCUCGACUUUGAUGAUUCUGUCUCGAUGCACGUGGGGAAUGAUAAACUAGCGUUUCCGGAGAGCUUCGAGAAUUUCGUGGAUCGAACACUGUCCUUGCAAUGUGAUUCUCCCAUCAAGAAAUUCUCUCUAAAAGUCAGUUCGUACGACGAACGCCAAAAGGCUUGUGUGUGCCGCUGGAUAUCUAAUGUCGCAAGCCGCGGUGUUUUGGAAGCGGACCUAAGGAUACAAGAUAUGGGUACAUUCACUCUGCCUCCUCAGCUCUUUGUAAGCAAAACACUGGUCAAGUUGACACUAGGGGCACAGCUCUAUCUUGAAAACCUCCCUUCAUAUGUGUUGCUUCCAUCUCUUAAGUUUCUCUUCAUCGAUUCUGUUUACUUCCAAUACGGAGAUCUGUGUGGUGUGCUUCUUGCUGGUUGCCCGGUGCUCGAGGAGUUAUCAGUCCAUCACAAAGGCUCCUUACCAAUGCCUCACACCAUAUCGAGUCCGUCCGUCAAGAGGCUAUCAGUUGACUACGAUUCUCUUGAUCUUGAUGGUUGUGAUUUUAUGUCACUUGACCUGCCAAAACUUGUCUACCUUGACUACUCUCAUUUUGCGUUGGCUGAGUAUAGACAAGUUAACCUGGAACACUUAGUCGAAGCUAAGAUGGAUCUUCAUCCGACAGAUAUGGUAAAGACGCCGGAUGUAACGGAUCUCAUUCUGGGGAUAAGAAAUGUUGAGAUUCUUCACCUCUCUCCCGUUUCGGCUGAUGUAAUUUAUUCUUACUGUAGAUAUAAACUGCCGGUGUUCGACAAUCUGGUCAAUCUAUCUUUAGGGAUUAGGAAUAAGCGAGGUUGGAAAUUGCUGGCAUACCUGCUUAAGCAGGCUCCAAAGCUUGAAACUCUGAUCGUCCAGGUUCUGAAUGGUUUCACAAGCGAUGUCUCCAUGCCUCUGAACAAAGUGAAGGCGUUGCAUAUCCCUAGUUAUCGAGGAACUGCGGAAGAGUUGAAACAGUUGAAGAGUUUUUUGGGGGAAUUCGAAUGCCUUGAAUGGGUUCAAGUGGAUGUUGCAGAAGCUGCAGAGGAUGAUAGCAUAACACUGCAAACCAAAAGGGAUCUAAUCAUGCCUCUUGCAGUUUCACUUCCAUCCAAGUGCUACUUCAAAGUCACAUAAGUCAUCUAGUUUAUUCAUAUCAUUAUGCUAUGUAACUUUUCACUCAUAUGAAUACACUUGUCGUUUUUUCUCACGCUUUGAACUCUUGUAGUUUUGUUUUUCUUCCUUGUCACUCUUUUUCUCUUCAGUUAUAGAGAACGUAUUUGAUUGGUAGGAAUCAUUUCAUCACAUCAACAUAGAAGCAAGUUA